AUGGUUCUGAAAGACCUGUGUGCCGUGAAAGAGGAACGUGCCAAACUCAAGGUCCAGAAUUACAUCAUGCAAAAAGAGCUGCGCGCACUGCAAUUAAACCUACAGGGUCGACACCUCUCUGAGUCCAUGCUGCGAUCGCAGCUCGCGGCUGUCCUGCCGGGUGAUGAUCAGACCGGUGCUGGCGGUGGGCAUACUGCGGCUACCAGAAAAGCGAUCGAAGCCAAUGGCGAGAAAAUUUCGUUUUUUACUACAUUGGACUCGUUGAGAACGGCUGUGGAAACACAACGCUACCAGAAUGAAGAGUUCAUCAACGAUUUGAAGCAGGCCAACGCA